AUGGAUCGACAUUGUAACGUGUUCAGCAAUCUAGCCUCAUUCAACCCCAGCAAUAUGUUCGAGGACGUUGUGGCGGGGUACCAGAUUCGUAACCCUUGGCAGCCGUUGGAAUGUGUGGGUACCCAGCUGAAGGACGAGCAGCUUCGCGAAUUCAGCUUGUUUGAGGCGUAG